CUGAUCGGAAUAAGGAAUUGAAUGGUGAAAAGCAGAGUCAAUCAGACGCCGAGCCCCGCCUUCUGAGAUUGGUGGGUAACCUAGCAACGCAAGCACAGCGUUGGUUAAUCACGAAUAGAAAAACCUAAAGUCCUCCGAGCAGGGUUGCCAGAGACAAUACAUGGAGGAGACCCAGACAGUCUACCAAGGUCUCGAUCUCUCAGGGCGCACAAAGGCUGCUAAUAAAAUGGCUUUGGACAUGCUCGCCGUGGCCCCUCUCUACCCGGGCCCUGACAUCAACAAAAUAAGGCUGAUAGCAGAGACAACCAAAAAGUCAACCACCCCACCGAAACUCUUGGUCCCCACUGAGACCAAACUCACCACCACUGAGACCAAGAGGAUCAUGUCCGUCCUAGACGACACCAUCCACAAGGUGGAGUUGGUGACCCUGCUGUCAUACGUGGCGUCCAAUCCCGAGGAUCUGGAGAGGAUGCUGGGGGAGGACAUCAUGAAGGCAGUGAGAGAGCACGGGCACCUUUGCCAGAUCCUCCUGGAUCACGUCGGUUACCUGCAGGAGGAAGAACGGCAGUUGCAGGAGGAAGACGUGUUCGAGGAUGAACCGUGGUUCCAAGACCGCCUCCUCUCCAUAGAGCUGCAGAGAUCCCACCUCCCACCACUUGUGCAGCAGGUCAAAGAAUCCACCAAGGACAUCGUGAGACUCCUGCUCAAUAACCCCCAGGCAGCAGCCAGUCUCCUGCAGGUGCAGCCACUUGGCAGAAGUGCAGAAGCCCAGAGUUUUAUUGAUAGCCUGAUAGAGCUCCGAGGUUUCCUGUUUGAGAAGCUACUCACUAGCCCCAUGGAAGCCAGAGACAAGGCUCAGUUUGUACAGGACAUCAGCAGACGGAAUCGGAGGAACCAGGAAAUCAUCGACACGCUGGAAAAUGAAUUGGCAGCAUGCGUGAAGAACAGGGAUGCAGAGGUGGAGAAGGAGAACUUUGUGAUCCAAGAACUGAAAAACCAACUGCACCAGGUGUGCAAGUUCUCAGAAAACAGCCUCCUUCGCACCAAGCUGGAGGCCGAGAAGCAGCAGAAGGCAGACUUCCGGGCCUCGCAGGCCAGGGUGGCCAAGAUCCAACAGGACAUCCUGAUGCUGCGGUCACAGUUCCACAACCUGGUCUCGGAGAACUGGGAGGCGGAGCAGAUGCUGAGGAAGAAAAAAUAUAAAGUGGAGACGGAAAUCGAGAACUGGAUCCAGAAAUAUGAUACGGAGAUGAGUGAAAAGCAGGACGAGUACCAGGAGCUGGACAUCAUCCACAAGGAGGAGAAACUCCAGCUGGAGGAGCUGAAGCAACGGUACGAGGUGCUGAUGGAAGAGUUUUCCCAGAUCCAGGCCGAGCAGGAGAUUAACACCAAGAAGAGGCUGGAGGCCGAGCAGGAGAUGGUGCGCAUGGUGCGGGCCGCCACUCUCAUCCAGGCCCUGUGGAGGGGCUACCUGGUCCGUUCCAUGCUCAAGUCCAAGAAGAAGAAGCGGGGCAAGAACAAAGUGAAGGACAAGGAGAAGGAGAAGGAGAAGGGCAAGGGCAAGGGCAAGGAGAAGGGCAAGGGCAAGGGCAAGGGCAAAGGCAAGGGCAAGAAAUGAGUCCUCCCCACUGUCCCUGCCCAGACCCCUGCACUCCCCGUGACCUCGCCUCUCAGAGAGCCAGCCCGGAAGCCCCUGGGAUAGGGAGCCCUGCAAUUCAUGGCUUUAACGCUUUUUGAAAAUUAAAAACCAG